AUGCCAACAACUACCACCACUGCUUCAGCUAUUGAUUCUGCUACAACUACCAUAGUUGCCAUUGAUUCUGUCAUGAGUCCACUAAUGCUGACUGCAUCCAAACUGCCAUCACUGGAACCUUGUUCUUCUGAACUUCCUCUACCUCACGGGAUAAACUUACAGGAUGAUGUCUACAACUUUGGGUUUAUACUGCUCGAAUCACUUGUUGGCCCUAUGGUAACUGGGAAAGGAGAAGCAAUUUUACUAAAUGAAAUGGCAUCCUUUGGAAGCCAUGAUGGUCGAAGACGAAUUGUGGAUCCAAUUGUCUUAACAACUUGUUCACAGGAAUCAUUAUCAAUUUUGGUUUCCAUCACGACUAAAUGCAUAUCUCCUGAACCAUCAACUCGUCCUUCUUUCGAGGAUGUCCUCUGGAACUUACAGUAUGCAGCUCAAGUCCAAGCCAUGGCUGAUGCUGAUCAGAAAUCAGAUUCUACAUUAUAG